ACUCACCUGUUCAGAUUGCUCAGGGAAUUCUUUAGAGAUGUUCAAGUUUUCAGUUGUCUGCCAUUAUUACAAUUCGAAUAGAUUGAUAAAUCGACGAGAAGAGCUGUGGCAUUUGAUGGAAUAGCAUAGCAUAUUUUUUUUCUAAACCGUGGUCGCCUACGUGAUUUAUAGCCUACUGAGCACCAUUUUACUUUAAUCACCGGUCAACAUAGCUUUCAUAAGCAGCGGUGGAGAAGAGGAUCAGAAGACGAAUGAUUUCUGUUGAUUGUCAUAAUUAGACACAAAAUAUGCUUGCAGAUAUGGAUGAAACUAUUUACACAUCUGCAAAUGACCUCAAUGGAAAUGCUCAUCCAUUCUGGUCAGAUUCUCCACAUUUGAACUGUGAAGAAGUGGAAUGCUUCAGGAGGAAACUCAAAUAUUUCUUCAUGAACCCCUGUGAGAAGUACAAAGCUCGAGGGAGAAAGCCAUGGAAACUAAUUCUGCAAAUAAUCAAAGUUGUCAUUAUUACAGUACAGCUGGUCUUAUUUGGUCUCAGUAACCAGUUGGUUGUCACAUUCAGAGAGGAAAAUCUGAUGACAUUCAGGCAUUUAUUUCUCAAGGAUUAUACAGAUGGCAGUGCAGACACAUUCGCACUGUACACAAAGCAAGACAUGUAUGACCACGUUGGAUAUGCCAUAGAACAGUUUUCCAACCUCAAGAACAUUUCUGUGGGGAACCAUGCCUAUGAGAAGAUUGGCCUAUCCUACACGCCUCUUGUCCUAUGCGCAGAGUCCUACAGAAAUGGAAGCAUCUCACCGGGAAAUGAGACCUUUGACAUUGAUGCACAAGUGGACAUUGAGUGUGUGGAAAUCUAUCCAACGGUUCCCUUCAGCCAAACGCCUGGGAACCUAUUUCCAGCAAAUCUUACAUUAGAUUUCAAAAGACUGCUGGCUGUGAGCAUUAACUUUACGCUAAAAGCCAUCAAUCUGCAGACUGUCCAACAUCACGAGUUGCCUGACUGCUAUGACUUCGAUAUACUGAUCACCUUCAACAACAGAGCCCACAGUGGCAGAAUCAAAGUGGAUUUGGAUCAUGAUGUUGAGAUCAAAGAAUGCAGAGACUGGAAUGUCACUGGCACAUCCCCAAAGAACCUUGUCUACAUCAUUUUCUUUGAUACCGUCAUCAUUCUGAUGUGCCUCACGUCUCUGAUUCUCUGCUCGAGAUCAACUGUUAGUGGAAUAAAGCUACAGUCCGAGUACACCCAGUUUUUUGCCACCUUUUAUAACAAAACUGUGCCCUGGUCUGACCGAAUGGAGUUUAUAAAUGGCUGGCACUUCCUCAUCAUUGUCAGCGAUGCUCUGACCAUCAUUGGCUCCAUUAUAAAAAUUGAAAUCCAGAUAAAGGAUGUGACGAUUUAUGACACCUGCAGUAUUCUCCUGGGCACUGGCACCAUGUUGGUGUGGGUAGGGGUCCUGCGAUACAUGGGCUACUUCAGGAAGUACAACAUUCUCAUCAUUACUCUGAGAACUGCAUUCCCAAACGUGAUCCGGUUCUGCUGUUGCGCUGCCAUGAUCUACUUGGGUUACUGCUUCUGUGGGUGGAUCGUGCUGGGGCCAUAUCAUGAAAAGUUCCGCUCCCUGAACACCGUUUCUGAGUGCCUGUUCUCCCUGAUCAACGGCGACGACAUGUUCCCCACUUUCAGAGACAUGCAGCAGAAGAGCUACCUGGUGUGGCUCUAUAGUCGCCUGUACCUGUACACCUUUGUGUCCCUGUUCAUCUACAUGGUCCUCAGUCUGUUCAUCACCCUCAUCACAGACACCUACGAAACCAUUAAGCAUCAACAGCGGGAGGGCGGGCCAGAGUCCGAGCUGCACGCCUUCAUAUCCGAAUGCAAAGACCUGCCUGAUUCUGGCCAGUACCGGCUGGACCAAAAGCCCAGCGACUGUCUCCUCUGUUGCCUCCCACAGUGCAGAUCAGAUGAUUAUCCAGAGAGACUGCAGGAUUAGUUGCUACCAGAAUGCUGUUGCACCGCAAGAGAAGGUGGAGAAAUGUAAAAAUGUGAAACGUACAUUACUGUACAGCUUUUGUAAUCUGUAGUUGAAUGUGUCGCAUAAUAACGAUAAUAAUAAUAAUAAUGUUGUUGGUGAGCUGUUGUUUUCAUAUGUUGUAUGUAAGAUUGAUGAAGCGCUGUAGGCAUGACUAGCCUAUGACUUUUUACCGUUUUGUGUCUGAAAAUGAAAUGUGGGACUUGCUUUAAAUGUACACACCAAUAAUUAUGCACACCUAAACACUGAGCAAGUCGACCAAGAAAAUGUAGGCAAUAUGUUUACAGUAUUUGUUUUGCACAUUCUGAUGCACUUUGGCACUUUUUCUAAGUACUGCACCUCUCUUCUGCUGUAGUGCCUGCAACAGGUGGAUGAUGAGGUGGAGGACAGUUUUUAUACACUGUGUUUUCUGUAAACCUGUAUGGAUAAUCAUGCGUAUGGUAUAAGGAGUCAUGAUAAAGAUAUAAGUAAUAGAAUGGUCUUCUGUCUCUAAGGAUUAUUAUUGUUGUAAUCAAUAUUAUAAAUCAAUAUGUGUAAUGGUGCUUUGUUUAGAUUUUGAAGAGAAAUAAAUGAAUAGUCACUUUG